CCUAACUGACCCAAGUUUAGGUCUAGCUGGUAGCGUGGGGAAGGGGCUACGCAAAAGCGUGGGGAUCAAGUCGUUGCCAACAAUUAAUCCAGAUCGGAGCCUCCACCCGAAACCCUAGACCCAUCGAACUCGCUGCAAUGGGUAUAAUCAGAAGCAGCUUCUCCUUCAUGGCGGGAACGCUGUUCGGAGUCUACCUGGCUCAGAACUACAAUGUCCCCAACAUUAGGAAGCUCUCUAACACGGGCCUUGUAAUAGCCAAGCACUUGGAGGAGACGUAUCGGAAACCUAAGAGGAAGGAGGAAGAUGAUUAGUUCCUCCUCUACGAUGUGGUUAGGCACCAGGUUGUCUCCUGCGCUCUUCGCGAUCGAUGGUUUUGUUGUGGAAAGAAAAGAGCUUUGAAUAUAUAAUCAAGUGCUAGUUUCGGCACUGAUCAUUGUUACCCCAUACUUUGUGGAUUUUAUUUCUGAAAUCAUUAAUGAAAUUUUGAUUGUUCUA